GUGAGGCGGGGUCGGGGAGGCUGCGGGAAGGCGGGAUUUUCGCAGGUGCUGCAGUAGGGCGGUUCGCGAGUCUCCCUCCCUUCCUCUUCUCCCUCUCUUCCUCCCUCCUUCGUCGUGUGGGCGAGGCGAGGUCAGGGCUUGGGGAACACGCGCUCGGCUUUAGGACAAAGGACCAGUGCUGGCCAGAGACAAUGGCUGGCAACCGUAACUUCUAUAUUGGUCUGACCUUGGCUCUCUGCUCCAGCAUUUUCAUUGGUUCGAGCUUCAUCCUAAAGAAGAAAGGACUUCUUAAGCUUGCCAGCAGGGGCUCUAUGAGAGCAGGUCAUGGUGGCCAUGCAUACCUAAAGGAGUGGCUGUGGUGGGCUGGACUAAUAUCCAUGGGAAUCGGAGAAGCUGCCAAUUUUGCUGCGUAUGCUUUUGCCCCAGCCACACUAGUAACGCCCUUGGGUGCACUGAGUGUGUUAGUCAGUUCGGUUUUGUCCUCUUUCUUCUUGAAUGAGAAAUUGAACAUUCACGGGAAGAUUGGCUGUAUGCUAAGUAUUUUGGGCUCAACAAUGAUGGUGAUCCACGUGCCCCAGGAGGACAUGAAACUCACCUUGGCAGAGAUGUCUGAGAAGUUGCGAAGUCCAGGAUUCAUUGGCUUUGCCAUUUAUGUAUUGCUCACUUCCACUACCCUCAUCUUUGUGAUAGGACCUCGAUAUGGCCAUACUAACGUCCUGGUGUAUGUUCUGAUCUGCUCCUCAGUUGGUUCUAUUUCUGUGUCUUGCGUUAAGGGUUUGGGCAUCUCCCUGAGAGAGCUCAUUUCAGGGAAGCCUGUCCUGAAGGAGCCCCUUGGUUGGGCGCUUUUGUUUUGUCUGGUGAUUUGUAUAAGCAUUCAGGUCAACUAUCUGAACCGAGCUUUGGACAUUUUCAGUACUUCGAUAGUUACUCCCAUCUAUUAUGUCCUUUUCACCACAGCUGUUAUGACCUGCUCUGCCAUUCUCUUUAAGGAAUGGCAACUUAUGGACCUAGACAGUGUCAUUGGCACGAUCAGUGGUUUCCUAACCAUAGUUUUUGGCAUUUUCCUUCUUCAUGCCUUUCGAGAAAUCCCUUUUUCUCCUGAUCUGAUUUAUUUUUCUCAGAGGUCAAGUUUGGGUAAUAACCACGCUGCUCCCCAGAGGGAAAACGAAAGGCAAAUUCAGCCUCUCCUAGAGGAAGAUGACCUCAACAAAGAGUUCCAGAAUAUUGAGGCUGAAGAGGUUGAAAAUCUGUGAAUAAUCUUAGGCAGAAUGCUGUCUGUAUUUUUGUUUCUGUUGGGUAAGGUGGCCUUUGUACUUUUGCUUAAGAUUUACCCAGACCUCUGACAUCCAGCCAAACCAAAUCAGAUCAUAUUGUGGAGAGGAGCAAAUUAAUCAUUAACUAGUAAGCAGUGGAACAGCAAAAUCUUCCCAACUGCCAUGUUGUUUAGUAGUCUCAUUUGCUUCCCUUGCAUAAUAUAUACUGUGAUUGUAAGACAUGGUGCUAGAUGUAUAAGUGGAUGUAUAUAUACACCAGUGAAGUAUUUGUGAAAAAAACCAUCUAUCCCUCAUCACUAGGUCAUACAGAAACCUAAAAGCAUUGUUGUUUGUCUGAUUUACUUGGUACUUGGUACUGGAUUUACUUGAGAACUCAAGUGUUUUAAGUGUUUCAUGAAUUCUAGUUUACUUUUUGAAAAAAUGUUUUUAAAGGUGUUUUUGUGUCACUUUUAGUGCUGAAUCCUGAUCAUCCUGAAGUUUGUACCAAGGACUUGAGUAUAAUUACUAAUAACUGCUGGCUGCUGCCACCUGCCUGGUAAGAGGAUUUGAUUCUAAAAACCACAUUCAGAAAUUAUUACUUGUUCUUUCUCUUCCCCCCCCCCGCCCCCAAAGCUCUAAUACCUAAGAUUCUAGAGAAUAAAGAUUAAUUAGCUUCCUAGUAUACCUAUUCCAGUCCCAGUAGACUCUCUUUUACACUUAGGAGAACUGGGUGGGCCCACUUCCUUGUAGAUAGCAUUAAAGUACUUUCAGAGUCCCUUAUAUUGUAAUGUGUGCAAGACCAAAAAGGGAAGCAACUUAAAGUUGAGGGGUUUUUUGGCUUGGCUUAAAGCAAAGAGUUCCUUUGUCCCUCACCAAUUCCCUGAAGACUUCAGAAUUUAGUGGCAGCCUCCACAUGAGGACAAACAGCAGUUAUAGGUAUUAUACUUCCUGUCUGUAGAUCAUCUUGGAGUUUGGAGGGUUCUUUCCUGGAAUCGUAGCAAUGUACUGAGUCUUUGGGAGGCUCAUGAUGUUUGAAACAGAUCACUAGAAUGUAAGCUCCUUGAGAGCAGAGGACACUGGUUUUUAUUUUUGUAUCCAUGCUUGAUGCUUAAUAAAUGUUGAUUCUUGAUCAGUAA